AUGAAUAACUCGAUUCAUAAAGCUACCGGGGAGACGCCGAGCAAAUUACUGUUUGGCGUAGAUCAGCGAGGUAGGAUCGACGAUAAUAUUAAAGAAUUUUUGAAAAGGGAAGUGAAUCGGAGCGAGCAGAAUUUGGACAGUUUGCGCGAAAAGACUUGUAAAAGAUUAGAAAAGGCUCAGGCGUACAACAAAGGCUAUGCGAAUAAGAGGCAUAAAAGUACGCACAAAUUCCUAGUGGGCGACUAUGUCAUUAUAAGAAAUUUUGAUUCAACGCCGGGAACGUCGCCAAAGUUGCGACCCAAGUUUAAAGGCCCCUAUGUGGUCGCCCGGGAGCUAAGGAACAAUCGUUUUGUAGUGUCAGACAUUCCGGGUUUUCAAUUAACUCAGCGCCGAUACGAAGGUGUUUGGGAACCGACUAAUAUGCGACCAUGGUCUGCCACGAUUCAAAAGCCAUCAGACUGA